UAACACAACAAGGGUUAUUGAAGAAAAAUGGCAUCUGAGAUCUCGUGGGACGAAAUCAAGAAAGAAAAUGUGGAUCUUGAGCGGAUCCCUGUUGAAGAAGUGUUUGAGCAACUAAAAUGCUCAAAAGAAGGUUUGUCAAGCGAUGAAGGAAAGAAGAGGCUUGAGAUAUUUGGGGCAAACAAGCUUGAAGAGAAAUCAGAGAACAAGUUUUUGAAAUUCUUGGGGUUCAUGUGGAAUCCUCUCUCAUGGGUUAUGGAGUCUGCUGCAAUCAUGGCCAUUGUUUUAGCAAACGGAGGAGGAAAGCCACCGGAUUGGCAAGAUUUUAUUGGUAUUAUGGUGUUGCUUAUCAUCAACUCCACCAUCAGUUUCAUCGAGGAAAAUAAUGCUGGCAAUGCCGCUGCAGCUCUCAUGGCCAAUCUUGCCCCUAAGACUAAGGUGUUGAGAGAUGGAAAAUGGGGGGAGCAAGAAGCUGCAAUCUUGGUUCCGGGUGAUCUGAUAAGCAUCAAAUUGGGUGACAUUGUUCCUGCUGAUGCUCGUCUUCUCCAGGGAGAUCCUCUCAAAAUUGACCAAUCGGCUCUUACCGGUGAAUCCCUUCCAGUCACCAAACACCCUGGAGAUGAAGUAUUCUCAGGAUCAACCUGCAAGCAAGGUGAGAUUGAGGCUGUUGUGAUUGCUACAGGUGUCCACACCUUCUUUGGCAAGGCUGCUCAUCUUGUUGACAGCACCAACAAUGUUGGCCAUUUCCAAAAGGUAUUGACUUCAAUUGGUAACUUCUGUAUAUGCUCAAUUGGAUUGGGGAUGUUGAUUGAGAUAUUGAUUAUGUACCCUAUCCAACACCGCACAUACAGAGACGGCAUUGAUAAUCUAUUGGUACUUUUGAUCGGAGGAAUCCCGAUUGCCAUGCCAACAGUUUUGUCUGUAACAAUGGCUAUUGGGUCACAUAGACUCUCUCAACAAGGUGCCAUCACCAAGAGGAUGACUGCAAUUGAAGAAAUGGCUGGAAUGGAUGUUCUCUGCAGUGAUAAAACNUGA